UCCUUCAGUUUUACAAGCGGCCUCCUCCUCGGGAGCUUCGCGAAGAUCCUCUUCGAGGAAGGAUCCUCGUGGAUCCUCCUGAGAGAUCCGUAUCCCGCAGUGGCGAACCGGAGAACCUCGGUACAGGGAACCCAAGAACGGCCUCGAGCUUAAUAAUUAAAUAACACAUGAACAUCACAUUAAGUAAAGAAUAUUAAAUUAAUUCAUGCCCCUCGGUCGACUCGCAAAAUUCUAUAAAAAUGUAUAAAGAAAUUGUUUAAAUUUACCCCAUCGCUCGGUUUUACCCUUCAAGAGGGAUCUACAGAUGACGGGUCUGCAUAUUGUCCCCUUUCCGCGAUUUUGCACGAUUUACUGGGACAGUAAAUCGAGCCGAGUUAAUCAUUUCGAGGAGGCAUAAAUGUUCGGUGUUCACCUGUACAAGAGUUCGAGUCGCUACUUCGGAGAACUUAAGUGACGUGUUUGACAGUGAGAUCGAGUCGUGAGGGGGCUUGAAUUAUACAGUAUUAAAAUCUGUGACAGUCAUCGGUAUAACGAAAAGGAAAGACUAGAAAAAGACUUAAGGCAAAGAGCGAAGACCCCGAGAAAUCACGAUACUGUCGUCCACGCCGCCCAAGAAAUCGGUCGCAGAAAAGUCCACAGCGUGCAGAAAUCGCUCCAGAUAUAAGCUCUGUUUAUUAAGUAUUUAACAAGAGGAAUUAAAUCUAGAAACAAAAAAAAGAAAAUGUUUUGGUCGUCGGAACCGGACGAGGAGGAGGAGGCGCUCUUGUGCAGUCCCGCGUUGAUGGCGAGAAGGGCUUCGGAGUCAUGGAUCGUGGCACCUCCUGUCGAGGCAAUGCCGGUGGCGGCGAUGCCGUUGCAACGGAAGAAGUCACUGCCGGAUGUGGCUCAGCCAAUCCAGUUGACAGCGACCGCGCCAUUGUCCAGAGAGGAAGUCAGCGUCCUGAGCAGCAUGAGGCGCGAGGAGAUCCGCCGGCAAAUCGACGAAAGCGAGAGGCUUAGGGCGAACCCUCUGCUAUACCUUGUCAGUCCUCAGGUUAAAGACUGGUUCUCAAGGCAGCAGCUAGUGAUGCUGGUGCUAUUUAUCAACAUAUCGCUGGCGUUGAUGUUCUUCAAGUUGCUGACGUAGCAGCCAGCCGUCAUCGGAGCCAGAGGUCCACUUUUGGACGUAACUUGAGAAACUUGGGCUCGUUCUCGAACGAGAUGAGAAAGAUUCGCCGAGCGAGCUCGAAAAUGAAGGGCGAGGCCUUUCAAGGAUUUUUCGAACGACGAUCCCGAUUUCGGGGGUCGAGGGAUUUUACCGGGAAAGAGGCGCUGUCGCACCUCGCCGACUCAAUGGAAAUGGCCGGAGAGACGACCUCUCUUCUCCCUUUUGGACUAUUCUUCGAUGAAUUUUCCUCCUACGCGCACUCACGCGCAGCCGGUCUCUACUCCUCGGAAAAUGUCGGCUAGCGCGCCGACCUGCCGUACUAUUUUUACACCGUGUAUUUUAAUAAGACUUUCUUGGGCGAACCCUCAAGUCGGCGAUGGCGAAAAGAGCGAAGCCUGCACGACGCGUUUUUUACCGUACAGCUUAUGGAAAUAGAGACAGUCUAGUGAAAAUGUGUCCAUAAAAAAGGCAGACAGGUAUCUUCUGUAUAGUUUUUCUUUUUUUCCUUUUUUUAACGUGCUUGCAAGCGUGAACUGUGUCGGGGACUCGUUCACAAAAUUGUUCACGAUGUUGUUUAAGCUUCGCGUGGAGACGGAAGAUCCCUCCACUGAUUCUCCACUGGACACUGGAACGUAUAAACAGGUUAUAGCAAUUUUUCUUCUCCAUUUCUGUAAGCUCUAUGGUUUUUAUUAGCACUCGAAGAGACCAUUAUCUUUCCCCAUAGACGACCAAGAUUAAGUAGGGUUUUAUCACUCUUCGAUCCUUUUUAAGCAGUCUCAUUAGGCUCGGGGACAGGUCCUAGACCGUGCGGUUGAAAUUAGUACGUUCCAUGAACGACAUUUUCUAAUUCUGUGUACAUGUACGUAUAUUCUAGUCGACAGAGGAAGGAUUAGAUCUUGUUCACCGAACUCUACGGUCGAAUGCUUGUUUUCGAAAAAUUCGUGCGAGACUGUUUGCUACACCUGAAAUUGAUGAACAUUUUUGAGGACACGUAUCGAAAAUAUGGCUCGAAAUUCCGGUGGUCCAUGUUGACUUGUCUUUAGGGGAGAUCAUGUAAAAAAAAAAAAGAAUUGGAGCUCUAGUCUAUCUGGAGCAUUGUUUAACUGUCCACUGCACGUUCGUUCUCGUGCACCUUAUCACUAGCUAUCAGGGCCGGUAGGGGGUUCGCCAUUGAACAUAUUAAAUAUAUAUCAAGGUAAAUAACGUUUAUUACUCGACAUGGGGUCGCUGCUUUGAGUAAAAAGGGAUUCUCGUUAUUUAGCUACCCACUUAAGGGAGAUUCUUGUAAAUAAAGAUUAAGCUACAUUUUCAACAAUUGUUGCAGUCGGUCCUCGUGUACACACAAGAGGGCGAUCGAUGGGAUCUUUCAGCCCGAGGGAAGUGUCGAGGCACACGACGAAGUCCUUUUUAUCAAGAAAAAAUUAAGGCUAUGCGAAAGGCACCUGAUAGUUAUUUCAAUCGUUCCUGAAACUUCUCCGAGCUGGGUGUACCGAAUCGUUGUAAAGUUUCAAAUUUUUCGGUACACCCAGUUAAGAGAAAACUUUCAUAAAUGAGACCUCCGACGGCACUUUCAUAUCGCCUUAAAUAGUCAAUGAUCGAAGGAUGGGGAAUAAAAAUCCUUGCCGAGUAGUCAGGAAGAGGGACACUCGCAGUUUAGGAGGGGCGAAAAUCGAACGAAGAGGAUCCUUAUGCUAAUUUAUUGCUUAAUUACGAACUCGCGGUACCACGUGCCUUCUGUGCCUUUCAAUCGGGUACCGAGAAAGAGGAAAUACCGCGAGAAAGAGAGAGAAUAGAUUUUCCUACACUCGCGGGGAAUUUCCCUCCGCGACUUUUAUCGCCGUUUCUGUAUCGGCGCUCCGUUUAAAAAACGCGUCUUAUCACUCGCGCGCUUACUCGGAUUAUCCGGGAAAAUUCGACGCGAGGUUGUAAUUAAUGUUUCCCAUAAUCGUCUCAAGAUGGACCAAUUAAUUGAAUCAGCGCCGACGAAUUCGCAUCCUUUCUCGCGACAUCGGCCCCCUUAUCAUCGCGGUUAGUAAAGAAAUCUCCAUGUCUCUAAAAAUACUUGAUAAUAGUCUCUCGACAGGUACGACGAGGUAAUGAUAAAACUAGCUCGCCUUGGAUAGCACGUUGAACGAGUCGAAUUUUUUAUUAAAAAAAUUAACAAGGUCUUGUGAAACGUCAUUUUAUGACCAUGGUCGGUAUCUUCGGGAUGUAUCUCUGGAUUACCGAAUUUUAUCGAUAGUUUUUCUCGCCAUUCUAAAGUCAGGUUAAUAAACCGCCGAAAGCGCGACAAUUGAGCAACGAUCAGCUGAUCAGCUGAUCGCUGCAUCGUAAACCACUUCGCCUUAAUAAUUUAUGUCUUUUUUCGCCUUUCCUUUUAUUGCCUCGCAAAAAAGACUGCGAAUCGUCGGUUCCGAUUCCGAGGUGCUUUAGCGUCAGAUUUUCUUUUCUUUUUUUUUUUCGGGAAAAUGGCGAAUCGACGACUUCGAGCGCGUUACGAUAUGUAAAAUGGACGUGUCUCGAAAGAGUUGUAUUCUUCGAGAGGUUCGGCCAGCUUUUCCCUCUGUCCAAGAAUUUCGGACCUACGUAGGCAUAGGACGACAGGGUUAAUUUCAGGGAGAGGAGUGAAAGCAUGAAAGAACGACUUUCGAUCGCGAUUUUUGACAGAGAAUGAGAGAGAGAGAGAGAGAGAGGGAGGUCGAGGCACCUGUACAGUGACUAGACGAAGAAGGCUUAAUAAAUAUGCGAGGCGGAAACGUAAGGGCUGCAAUUUUGUAGCCACGCGGGGAGAAAUGGAAUUUGGAAUAUUUAUUACAUGCUUUUAAAUGUAUUUGGCGCGAAACUCUACCGAGUUUCCUUAUCUGAAUCCGCUACGGGAUGAAAAUCCCAACUCGCGUCGAUUUUCCCAACAUGGCGGAUUACGAGAGGCGACGUGAAUAAAUUUCACUGAAAAUUUUGGGCACCCUCCCCAGUGCCAAAAGUCAUUUCUCUCCGUGCAAGCACACAUCCAUUUACACGGGAAAACAUAUUAUAUAUAUAUUGCAAUUACUAUUAUAAAAAAGAUUACUUGGACACCGCGUUAGGCCGAUGGAGGUGGAUUUGAUAUUCAAGUAACUUUUCUUCGAACGGGGAAUCGGGUGGAGAAGGUCAGGGUCGGAGGGGGGAGGAGGAGAGUAUGUAUAUGAAGGUAUACAUAUGUAUAAGGUUCACGUGGCGAGAGUUAACGUUAAACUGUUGCGUACGUCUUAUCACGGGAGUCAUAUCACCGAGUCAAAUUAAUUUUCGCGCGUACACAUAUGUAUGUAUAUAAAUAUAAAUAUAUACAUACAUGUAUACAAGUCACCCGAGAAGGUGAAAAAAAAGAAACGCGCCUCGAGUUCGCGCAUGCGAAUGCAAAUCGGGGUUAUUUAUCGUGCAAACUCGGUUAACUCUCCGGAUAUCGAUUGUUAUCGCAGUAAGCGCCGUAAUCUCUUAUCCACACAUCUGUACAUAGCGUUGGCGAGAGCAAUUGUCGAAUUGUUUGUCAACUAUGCGGACAUUAACAGUAGUACGCAAGGUGCACGCGCAUGCGCGAGGUCGAGUCGGGCCGCUUAAUAUAUAUGUAUAUAUAUAUGCAUAUAUAUGUGAAUAAAUCUAUAGACACGUUAAUUGUUAUCUCCUGGCUAUCAUUAAAGCUAGUCUAUACAUAUACAUAUAUAUAUAUAUCUCGUUACGAAUGUACAUUAUUAUUGAUAUUAUUGCCGUUACUAUUGCCGCAUCGCCAGUCAUUGUUCGUAUUAUUUUAUUAUGAUUACUACAGUUACGACUAUGAUUAAUGUUAUUAUUAUCGGUAUCAUAAUCUCGGUUUUGGUAACCGACGUCGCCAUGUCACAUCUGCACGAAGGAAAGGCGGAAACCGGCGAAGGAACGGAGAGGUCAGUCAUCGUUUGUUGACUCGAGAGAAAGAGAGAGAGAGAGAGGAAGCAGUGAUUCAAUAAAACUCGUAUCACAUAA